GAAAAGGAUGGCGCGCGCAGAGCGGCAGCCGCGGCCGAGUCAUCAACACCGCGGACCGCUGCCUUCUCGUGCAGGUGGCGCGGCCAGGACGAGCUGAUCCCACGUAGAACAAGUGGGAGGAAGCAAAGAUCUGCGUGUGAGGCGCCAGGAGGAUCAUUUAUAUAUUAGCAGGAGACGUUCUCUCCCAGAAACAGAGCGUCCAGAUGAAUCCCAUGACUCAACUUUACUACAAGAAGGCGACAUACUCGCCAUACCGCGACCGCAUCCCGCUGCAGAUCGUGCGGGCCGAAGUGGAGUUGUCUGCGGAGGAGCGGGCCUACCUCACGGCGGUGGAGAAGGGCGACUAUGCAGGUGUCAAACACGCUCUCCGUGAGGCGGAGGUCUACUACAACAUGGACGUCAACUGUCUGGACCCGCUGGGCCGCAGCGCUCUACUCAUCGCCAUCGAGAACGAAAACCUGGAGAUAAUGGAGCUCUUGCUCGACCAUGGCAUCCAUACCGGCGAUGCCUUGCUCUACGCCAUCAGAAAGGAGGUGGUGGGCGCCGUGGAGCUGCUGCUGUCACACAGACGGCCGAGCGGUGAGAAACAGGUUCCCUCUCUGAUGAUGGACAGUCAGUUUUCUGAGUUCACCCCCGACAUAACUCCCAUCAUGCUUGCUGCUCACACCAACAACUACGAGAUCAUCAAGCUGUUGGUGCAGAGGAAUAUCAACUCUCAUGCAACUUCUCAGUCCUCCUGCUGGCUGUGUUUGACAACACCACUCUUGCAGGUCACCAUCCCCAGACCGCACCAGAUCCGCUGCGACUGUGUGGAGUGUGUCUCCAGUUCAGAGGUGGACAGCCUACGGCACUCGCGGUCUCGACUUAACAUUUACAAGGCUUUGGCGUCACCCUCACUCAUUGCACUGUCCAGCGAGGAUCCGAUCCUGACGGCCUUCAGACUGGGCUGGGAACUCAAAGAGCUCAGCAAGGUGGAGAAUGAGUUCCGUCAGGAGUAUGAGGAACUGUCUCAGCAGUGUAAACGUUUUGCCAAGGACCUUCUGGACCAGGCCAGGAGUUCCAGGGAACUUGAGACCAUCCUGAACCACAGGGACAAUGACCAGAGCGAAGAACUAGACCCUAGACAGUGCCACGACUUGGCCAAACUCAAGCUAGCCAUCAAAUAUCACCAAAAAGAGUUUGUGGCGCAGCCAAACUGCCAGCAGCUGUUGGCCACCUUAUGGUACGAUGGCUUCCCCGGCUGGAGGCGGCGCCACUGGGUGGUCAAGCUGGUAACCUGUUUCAUCAUCGGACUCCUGUUCCCUGUCUUCUCACUGAUCUACCUGCUGGCCCCCAAAAGCGCGCUGGGACGCUUCAUCAAGAAGCCCUUCAUCAAGUUCAUCUGUCACACGGCAUCCUACCUGACCUUCCUCUUCCUGCUGCUGCUGGCCUCGCAGCACAUCGCCCGCACCAACCUGCACAUGCAGGGACCGCCGCCCACCAUCGUGGAGUGGAUGAUUCUGCCGUGGGUGCUGGGAUUCAUCUGGGCAGAGAUAAAGGAGAUGUGGGACGGGGGCUUCACAGAGUAUAUCCAUGACUGGUGGAAUCUGAUGGAUUUCGCCAUGAACUCCCUCUACCUUGCCACAAUAUCACUGAAGAUAGUGGCCUAUGUGAAGUACAACUCCUCUAGGCCGAGGGAGGAGUGGGAGAUGUGGCACCCGACGCUUAUCGCCGAGGCGCUGUUCGCCAUCGCCAACAUCUUCAGCUCGCUGCGACUCAUUUCGCUCUUCACCGCCAACUCGCACUUGGGGCCACUGCAGAUCUCUCUGGGGAGGAUGCUGCUAGACAUCCUCAAGUUCCUUUUCAUCUACUGCUUGGUCCUGCUGGCGUUUGCCAACGGUCUGAACCAGCUGUACUUCUACUACGAGACCACGGCCUCAGAAGAACCCAACAACUGCAAAGGCAUCCGCUGCGAACGGCAGAACAACGCUUUCUCAACGCUCUUUGAGACGCUGCAGUCGCUCUUUUGGUCCAUAUUCGGUCUGCUCAACCUCUAUGUCACCAACGUGAAGGCUCGCCACGAGUUCACAGAGUUUGUGGGAGCGACCAUGUUUGGCACGUACAACGUGAUCUCGCUGGUGGUUCUCCUCAACAUGCUCAUCGCCAUGAUGAACAACUCGUAUCAGCUCAUUGCUGACCACGCUGACAUCGAGUGGAAGUUCGCCCGCACCAAGCUGUGGAUGAGCUACUUUGACGAAGGUGGAACACUGCCGCCUCCGUUCAACAUCGUCCCGAGCCCCAAGUCCAUCUGGUACCUGCUCAUGUGGCUCCACAACAAGCUGUGUGGCCGAGGACAUCUGCCCGGGGACGAUCCGCACAAGUGCGAGAACCUGCGAGAGUUCACCGAGCGUCAUGCCGACAGUCUGAUACAGAACCAGCACUACCAGGAAGUCAUCCGGAGCCUGGUGAAGAGGUACGUGGCCGCCAUGAUCCGCAGCGCCAAGACAGACGAGGGUCUGACGGAGGAAAAUUUUAAGGAGUUAAAGCAGGACAUCUCCAGUUUCCGCUACGAGGUCCUGGAUCUGCUCGGCAACAGGCGUCCUCCUCGCCGACAUUACUCCUCCUCUAGCGAGGCGGCCAGAGACGAUGGGGGCGUGACCUCGGAGGACGACAGCGAGCCGGGCGACGGCCAGCGAUCAAAGGGUGUGACCUUCACCACGCCUCUGGUGGACAACUCCAGGCAAGCGUCGACGCUGGGUGUCUCCGCCCUGGUGCGCUCCAUUUCCGGGAUGAGCGGCGUGGAGAAAGAGGGCGGGGCCGAGGAGGGGGAGGAAGAAUGUGUGGGCUGGGGUGAGGAGGAGGAGGAGGAGGAGGAAGAAGGCAAACCAAAGAGCAACGGGCUGAAGACAACGGGGGUCCUGCUUUCUGCCACCACCACCCUUCCCCCGCCGUCGUCGUCAUCGCUGGCAUCGGCGCUGUCGUCCUCGCUGGCUCGCACGAGGAACCGCCUGCAGCGUCUGUCGGCACCGACGGCAAAGACGGACUCCUUCAAGCGCCUGUCCUUCCUGUUCUCCCGCUCCAAACGCAGAGCCCCGCCCAUGCCACUCCCUCUCCAAGCCCCGCCUUCCUACACCAUCUCCGACGGGCUGCUCUUGCCGCGGGGGGGCCGCGGCGACUUGGGACUGGGUAGCGUGACCCGGAGCGAGACUUGCCUGAACGAGGUGGGCCGCUCUGUGGACGCCUGCAGCCCCUCCUUCUCGCCACACAGAACAAACGGACGUGAUUCGCUCCUGACGCUGCCCCCGCCGCCGUGCCCCUGCCAAUCGCUGCACUGCGCCUCCAACAUGUCCGAGUCCAGCUCACGCCUCUUGGACUCCAGCGAGGAUGUUUUCCAGGACGGCGGCGGCGGCGGCAUGGAAGGCGCUGGCGGGAGCGGGCUGAUGAUGGUGAUGGGAGGGUGGGUCGGACCUUGUGACGAUGUCGUCGAGGACAGCUGCGAAGUCAUCGAGGACUCGGUCAGCACGCAACUAUAGGCAGCGACGUCUGACUGGUCCGAUGCUCGAGAUAGGAGGCCGGCCCAAUUAAAAGCCACGCCCACUGGAACGGGACAUUUGCUCGCUGAACGUGCAUUAGCCCGUUAACAAGGCAAUUAGCGCAUCGGCCAAUCGUUUGUUUUUGAUUUCUUUUUUUUUACGCGCUGACAUCACUUUGCAAUAAGACACAUUUUUUGGAACGUCGGUUACGGAAGGAGGAGCCGCAAAAAUGUCAAAGAGGACGAAAUAAACGGACGAGCUGGUUUGUCCCUUUAAGCAAUUCAAGCCGCUGGAACACAGGAAGUACCAGGACUGGACCAAAGUUUAAAUGGCCUAAGAAGGACAAAGAGAAGCCCCGCCCCCUUGACACUUCUGUGACCGCCUGCAUCCCCCGCCCCCCACCCCCUUUCUGCACCAAUCAGGGCCAAGGAACGUCUUUCUAACACUUCUACUAGUAAUAACACUAUUAAUAAUAAUAAUAAUAAUAAUAACACUAAUAAGGACUUUUGUGGUUUGCUUCUUGUUGCCUCCAAGACUUCUCUCCUUCGGUUCUUCCUCUUUUUCUUACCUUUUUUCUAAGCCGCUCGACAAAACAAACCUUGUUGGAUGUGAAAGACGGCGGUGGAGGACGAGUGAGGACACGCUCGUCUCUUUGCUACUAACGCCAACCUUCUUUUCAUCUCUAGAAGAUUCUUUAGGAGUCGCUCCGGCAUGAGCGGACGACUUUGAUGCGACUUUAAGCGCUACACAAAUCAUGCAUGUUUAAACACACACACACACACACACUGCUUCUUCAACAUAUUUUCCCCCAAAACAUCAGGCUGCAGUAACCAACAGAGCCACCAGGGUCAGUGUUACUAUAGCGACCUGCUGCAACACUGAUUGGGCGGAGCAUCCAUCACCAAUCGCCAUGACGACACAGAAGCCUCUUAAAUGACAUACACCCCCAAAUAUUAGACGUGAACACACUUAUUGACCAGUAUUGAUGGCUGCAAAAGCUCCUUUGAUUGACGAGCACACACACACACAGAGCUGAUAAUCAAUCAUUCUGAUAGAUCAAUAUCAGUAAUGGUGGUCUGAUUCCCUACAGUGUGUGUGUACGUGUGUGUGUUGUACCAUCUGCUUCUUUAGAAGACUAAUCUCCUUCAGUGACACACACUCAGACAGCACUCUCUCCUGAGGUCGGGGCUUCAUCAUGUUUUAUUCAUACACGCGCAUGCACGUGGCUUUACAUGCAUGUGCCCAAUCACUCACACAAAUUAUUACUGUACACACACAGGACGUUAUAUCACUUUGACCAUACGAUUUAUGUUCCGACAACAGCAGGAAAACAAGGACAAACACACAGGGCGUGAAUAAUAGCAGUGUGUGUGUGUGUGUGUGUGUGUGUGUGUGUGUGUGUGUGUGUGUGUGUGUGUGUGUGUGUGUGUGUGUGUGUGUGUGUGUGUGUGUGCGUGUGUGUGUGUGAGAGAGUAUUGGUCUCGACACUAAUCAAACCUUAAAGGAAAACUGCAACUUUGGGGGGAAUUUCAUUUCUUCAACCAUGCACAAUCCCCAUGUGAGACAAGAACACACAUGGCUUUCUCUUUUCUGUGCGUCCUUAAUAUGAAAAAAACUGCUAAUAAGAGGUGGCUAACAAUGCAGGUAAUAGGGAUUGGAUCUAUCUCACAUAUAAAGCAUUCUGUAAUGUAGUAACAGGUAUGAUAACAUGUCAUAUUUACUGUGUUUUUCUCAUUGACAUUUGCAAGCAUGUGAUAUGUCUGCGAAAAUCCAAGUUUUUAAACGUUAAUUUUUGCGUCAAAAUAUCACUUUUGCAUUUUCUUUUAACAACAUAUCAAAAAAAGACGAUCCAAACAAGUUGUGCAGUGAAAGGAGAGACGACAGGGACACCGAAACAAGCUGGCGACUGAGCAUAAUUAGCAUGAUCUAGCUCGCCCUCCAAGCCACAACGUUGACGUCGGUCUACUUUGCUGCUAAUCAUAUUUGCUUGAUUACAAUCCCAACAGCGUUAGAAUUCUGAACCAGUUGAAGUUCCGGAGCAUUUAUUAGUAGCCAGCGAGAAGGUCUAUUUUAGAUGUGACGCAUGUAAACAGCGGAAGUAUAUUACCCAAGGGGGCGUGGCUAUAGGAUAAAGUUGCCAAAUGGGAAACGUUUUCUAAGUUUUUUGCAUGCAUGUUACAUAAUUUUACAUUACAUUUUCAAUGAUAAUAAUGUUAGUAUAUUAUCUACUAAAAAAAACAUGUGAAGGUGUGGUACAUUACAUGGACAUAUAAGUGUCCAAAAGACAGCCAAAAGAGGUUGGUAGAUUAGAAUAAAUCUAAAGGUAAAAAAUUAUCUACCCAUUCCCCCAAUUGCAGGAAAUAAAAUGUUCCUUGAAUUGCCAAAUUUUCAGCACUUUGUGCAGAUUUCCUCUUUUUUACCACAGUUUUCCUCUAUUUCUUUCAAAGGAUGCUCCCAAACCCGCAUUGCCACAACAUUUUUUGAUUUCACCGAGCUCUUCAAAAUGUUAGCUAUUUCCUUCAACAGUAAAUAGAUUUUACUUGUAAAGCGCUUUUCUACUGUCAAGGUACUCUAAGCGCUUUGAGAUGACGACCACAUUCACCUCCUGAUGACACUGAUCAGGGGAUGUUUGUGUCCUUCAACAACAGAAGACUUCAUGAGGCAACAACGACCACUCUGUUAAAAGUGACUUUAGCUUAUAGUCAGAAGGACUAUUGAUGUCAAGCUGACCGAACAAAUUGCCCAUCAAAACUAAGAAGAGUUAUGACAACUUCAACGAGAAAAAAGCGCAAAAACUUGUUAAAAAAAACUCAAGUUCAGUUCAUUUCAGAAAGUAAGUCAAAGUGGGCCUUUCAUCCAACACGCAUGUGCCGGCAAUAUGACAUCAUGCGUUGAACCUUGAAAAACUAACAAAAUAACUUUAACUAACAUCUUUUUUAGUUUUUUAAGUAAUGUUUACAGGUGAACAAUACAUGAGUGGCCGUCUUAUAGAAAGGCAGGCUAUAGAUAGAGGGUCACUGCUGCGAUCCCAGCUUGGUCAAACUCAUGUCUUGUGGUUAGUUAUUUGUGUUUGUGAAUGGGUGAAUGUGAUAAUGUAUUUACUGAAUGUGUACAUAUAGUCAGAUAUAGUUAUAUGUGUGUGUAUAAAUAUA